GUUUCUGAUAUUCACAGGCGUGCUGCCAUGUCCCCUGUCCAAACUCUAAAAUCCUCAACCACGUCCAAUGGGGCGUCUUCCCGACCAGUCCGGCCGGUCCAUAAUACACCCAGUCAUUUGGGGCAGCCGUGCUAGACGCAGUGAUGUGCUUUACAGUUUUCCAGAUCCCCGCUACGAAAAAGCAAACCCCAAUAUGAAACAAUCAUGCACAACUCCGUUUCAAACAGAGAAAGGAAAAAAAUGCCCCACGGGGGGGGGUGUCGGGGGGAACGAAGGGGUGUACAAAAGUGGGGCCCCCGUUUUGCACCACCCACCCAAAUGCGGGGGGCCAUGCGAACCCCCAUCGGGCCCCUAUCUAAAACAAAGAGAGAAAAAAACAAACCAGAAAAGCCCCCCUCUCACUUCCUCCCCUCAAACUCCGGACUCAUCACCGUCUCGGCCCCGCCCAACAGCUUCCUGACGCCCUCGACAUCCCUGACCCCAUUCGCGCCUACAUCGUCGCUCAACUCCAACAGCCCGGGUGCACUCGCCACCGCCCGCUUAUGCCCCUGCGCGUGGCCGCCCAUCUCGUCCUCCGACAUCAUCCACGGCUUCGCAGGCACCGGCUCCGUCAGGGCCUGGGACGGGCCGGAGGAGUCGGAGGAGGACGCGAAGGAGGGGUUUGAUUUGGUUACGUGGUGUUUCGUCGCGUUUUGUGCGUUGGUAGGCUUCUUCUUUUUGACGUGGGUGGUGGGUUUCGUGGGUGAGAUGGUUGAGCCUGAACUGGUGGAGUUGUUGGAGUUGGUUGAGGUGGAUCCGGAUGUAUCGGUUGAGCUUGGGUUGGACGACGUGUGUGAGAGCCGGAGGUGGGUGCCCGGUUUGUAGGUGGUGGAGGUGGAGAGGAGGGUGUCGUAGUCGAUGAGGGCUUGCAUGGCGCCCCAUUCGAGGAUCUUGCGUUCGAGCCAGACUACAAAAUGUGAGAGAAAAAAAAUCAAUAUCUUAAUACACUAUCCCCACGGUAAGUCUUUCCCCAAUUGUGAUU